ACGAAUCCGCGGAUCGACACGUCACGUCUAAGCGACCACGUCCAAUUCUAUAGCCUGCAGCAUUUUUUCAUUGUCAGGACUGGGACAUGUGGUGGGCGCGAGGUGCGAGGGAAAUUUGACUGUCGCACAACUUGUUUUGGUACAUUCCCAUUGUUUCAUCGGAACAGCUGAUGUACUUUUGCUGGAAAAAAUUUAAUCGUUUCCCUGUGAAAUAAACGUACUGGAUUUGCUGCCAAUGGACAACGUUUUCAAAUCAAGGAAGUUUUCUCACAUACAAUGAGAACUCGUGUAGGAAGAAUUCAAACUCAAGCUAUAAAAGGAAGUUUUUAUUUGCUGAUAAAGUUCAGAUACUGUUUUUGAAUUGUUGGAAGCAAGCGAUCAAAAUGAAACUUCGGAUAAAGGAAAAAGAACCCCUUCUUGAUGAUGACACUCAAGAGAUGGAAUAUUCUGUACUCAAUGAGGAAAAUGAAGCUUUAAUCAAUAUGCAUGAUCAUUUUGGCGUGUUUAAUGCAGAGGUAACAGAAUUCACAGAUAUAGUUGGAGAAAAUGGCAAAUGGCAAGUAAAACUGGUGCUUUUGUCCUCCAUUUGUGAAUUUACUUCUGCCUUAAAUCAUCUAGCAAUGAGUUUUUUAGCAUUUCCUGUGGACCACUGGUGUUCUAGGCCUAAAGAUUUUAAUAACUCAUUAGAUAUAUGGUGGAGUGAAUUUCUUCCUAAUGCAACCAUCAAGGGUCUAUCUCAGCACAGUCAGUGUGAAAAGUUUGUUUUUAAUAAUACAUCAUUUAAUACUACUGACAGAAUCACUGUAUCCUGCAAUGCUUGGGAAUAUUCUUCAGAGUUCAAUUCUGUUGCAAAUCAUUGGGACGUUGUUUGUGAUAAAGAAUGGUUUAUUUCAACUAGUCAGUCUGCUUAUAUGAUUGGUUUUCUGUUUGCAGCAUUCCUUUCUGGACAAAUUUCUGACUUGUAUGGAAGAUAUCCUGCAAUCAUGAUAAAUGUUAUCAUUAGUAUUAUUGCUGGUGUUGCUGUUGCCUUUUCAAGCUCUUUUUUGAUGUUUUCUGUAUCCAGAUUUUUCGUGGGCAUUGGACAGGCUGGAAUGGGCCUCGUACUCUUUGUGCUUUUGAUUGAAAGUGUUGGACCUCGGCACCGAGUUAAGUAUAUUAUUCUGUGUAGCUUAGGUUGGAAUGUAGGACAGAUGUUACUUCCUCUUAUGGCAUGGCUUCUACAGGAUUGGUAUACCUUACAACUAGCAAUUACAGCACCAAGUUUGUUAUUCAUUUCCUUUUACUGGAUUCUGCCAGAAUCUCCUCGAUGGCUAUUAUCUAGUGGAAAGCUACAAGAAGCACUUCCUAUUUUGAGAGAGGCUGCAAUAGCUAAUGAAUUUGAACUUAAAGACUUAGAAAAGAAAGCUGAAAGUUUAUGCAAUUCUUCAAGUUGUACUGACAAGACGAGUGUCACUGUCAUAGAUUUGCUUAAAACACCAAAUUUAAGAAAGAAUACUUUUUGUUUGUACUUUAUUUGGAUAGUGAUUGCUUUUGUCUACUAUGGGUUGUCCUUAAACACAAAUGACCUAAAAGGUGAUAUUUAUUGGAAUUUUGCAUUUUCUGGAAUUAUGGAGUUCCCUGCAGCUGCUUUCUGCUUAUUUACAAUGGAUCAAUUUGGAAGAAAGAAACCUUUCAUUUUUUCUUUUCUUGUUGGAGGAAUAUUCUGUUUGGGCUGUAUAUUUGUUCCUAAAAGCUAUGCCCUAGUCAGUACUGCUUUCUCUAUGAUUGGAAAACUCUUCAUAGCUGCUGGUUUUCGUAUAGUUUAUAUCUACAGUGCUGAAAUAUUUCCAACAGUUGCAAGAAAUAUUGGAGUUGGAUCUUGUUCCACUAUGGCACGAAUUGGAUCUACAACAGCACCUUUCAUGAAAGAUCUAAGUAAAAUCACUGACCCAUCAGUUCCAUUAGUGACGUAUGGAAUUCUUUCCAUUAUUUGUGCUGGUCUUUUGAUAUUGCUCCCAGAAACGAAGAAUUCUCUUAUGCCAGAAACCUUAGAGCAAGCAGAAAUGUUUGGGAAGGCAGAUGAAAAGUUAGAACUUCAUGCAUACUCUAAAAUGACAAUUACUUCAUCUGAAUGACCUUUUUAUCAUUUUGAAAAAACUGUACUAGUCUCAAGUGCUUUCAAACAAUUUGUUCCUAGAUGAAAGAUCUAUUUCAUGAGCUGUUACAAGAUUUAUACAUAUAUUUAUAAUGUACAUAUACAAUAUAUAUAUGUAGUUACAUCAAAAU